AUGGCGUUACAAGAACUGUGCGGCUUCAAAGGUGGACAGAAAAGUGGACAUGUGACUUGUGGACUGUUUAGUCCAACCUCAUUCUUUGACUUCUACAUCCCGCCCGGUCUUCACCAAAGACACCUUGGAAAACUUAGUCCCUUCCAGACCUCCUGGACCAACUCACGGCGGGUGUCGCCACCAUUCGCCACGUCUCACGGCACCACCACCCUGGCCUUCACCUUCCAGGGCGGCGUGCUGGCGGCGGCAGACACUCGCUCCAGCUGCAGCGGCCUGGUGGCCAGUCCGGACUCGGACAAGGUGGAGCCCAUCCACAGCCACCUGGUGGCCACCAGCUCGGGCACCUCGGCCGACUGCGGCUUCUGGAAACGUCUUCUGGGGCGGGAACUGCGGCUCUACCAGCUGCGGCACGGACGCCGCUUGUCCACCUGCAGCGCCGCCAAGCUGCUGUGGCACAUGCUCCUCCCCUUCAAGGGCAGCGAGCUGUGUGUGGCCACCACGCUGUGUGGCUGGGACACCGGCCCCGCCCUCUUUUACGUGUGCAGUGACGGCACACGCCUCCAGGGGACGCUCUUCUCCGUGGGCUCCGGGUCGCCCUACGCCUACGCCGUCCUGGACCAGGCGCUGGACUGGCGAAUGACGGAGGAGGAGGCGGUGCUGGUGGCGAAGGAGGCGGUGACGCGGGCGGCGCACAGAGAUGCCUACUCUGGGAACGCGGUGGACGUCUACCACGUGUCCUCCCAGGGCUGGAGGCGCAGGACCAGGGAGGACCUAAAAGACCGCUUGUGUCCAGACCCGGCGCUCAAGUGA